AUGGAAACGGAGGAGUUCUCUAUGGACGUCGCUGAGGAGCGAGGAGCACUGUCAAAUGCACAGAACAACUUGGGCAUUGCUCUGAAGAGUGCGCAGAGGCUGGACGAAGCUGCUUCUGCCUUCAACGAAGCCUACCGUCUGUCGACAAAUGGUGAUGACAAAGUGGCCACCUACCAGGCCGCUCAAAUUCUCCAGAACGCAUCGCAGUGCCUCCUGUCUGCUUUCACGAUGUGGGGCUUCAGCUUCACGCAUCAAAGAAUCCAAGCCCUGUGCCGCAGAAGUGCCCAGUGCAAAUGCUUGAAAGCCCAGCUCAAGCACUUAAACUGA